CUUGUUUCCUGUGCUUGACUGACGUCAGCCUUUGCUAGACCAAUCUUGUACGUCCGCAAGUGCCCUGGACGAGAAGAUUAUCCACCUGAUCAGUUUAUGAUUUAGUUAAUACAAAUUAACUGCGCUUUAGAACUCGGUUAUUAAUAAAUAUCAGGUAGACCAUCUAUAUUAUAUUAUAAAUGUUGGUGUCACAUGUUUAUUCUCAGUUAACGCCAUACACGUGGAGAAUUUUGUUGUCGCUAUGAGUGUUGAUACCUACGGACCGAAUUCACAAACUCUAACGUUUCUUGAGACCGAAGAAACUGAUCUUUUAGGAGCGGAUACUCAAGGAUCUGAAUAUGAGUUCACGGAUUUUACACUUCCUUCACAAACACAAUCACAAACCCAGUCUCAUCAGCAAGAUGUAAAUGUUAGCCAGAAUCAAAGUCAAAUAAAUGGCAUUGAUCAUCUGGAAAAUGGAGAUGUCAGUAUUACAGUGGCAAACAUCACACAAGGCAUGGGUGAGCUGAACUUUGAAGAAGAACCAGAAGAAAACCAAUUUUACAUGAAAGAUUUGCCCAAGCAUGCUUGUUCUUAUUGUGGAAUUCAUGAUCCUGCUUGUGUUGUUUUUUGUAAUGCAAGUAAAAAGUGGUUUUGCAAUGGCAGAGGAAACACUUCUGGAAGCCACAUUAUAAAUCAUCUUGUGAGAGCUAAAACAAAAGAAGUCACCUUGCAUAAAGAUGGUCCUUUGGGUGAGACUGUACUUGAAUGUUACAACUGUGGCUGCCGCAAUGUCUUCCUUCUUGGGUUCAUUCCAGCAAAGGCGGAGUCUGUGGUGGUUUUGCUUUGCAGACAUCCUUGCGCUAAUCUCAGUAACCUCAAAGACAUGAAUUGGGAUCCUAGCCAGUGGCAGCCUCUUAUAAAUGAUCGAUCAUUUCUGUCAUGGUUAGUCAAAGUGCCAAGUGAACAAGAUCAGCUCAGAGCUAGACAGAUCACAGCACAACAAAUAAAUAAGCUUGAGGAGUUAUGGAAGGACAAUCCUGAUGCAAAACUUGAAGAUUUAGAAAGAACUGGAUUGGAUGAAGAGCCUACACAGGUGCAACUGAGAUAUGACGAUGCUUAUCAGUACCAGAAUAUUUUUGGUCCUCUGGUUAAACUGGAGGCUGAUUAUGACAAGAGAUUGAAAGAAUCCCAAACUCAGGAUAACAUUGUAGUACGUUGGGAUACUGGACUUAAUAAAAAGCGAAUUGCUUAUUUCUGUCUAUCAAAGGCUAAUGAUGAAAUGAAACUUAUGCAUGGUGACGAGCUUAAACUUCGCUAUGUUGGAGAACUACAAAAACCAUGGUCGGGUGUAGGACAUGUUAUCAAGAUACCAGAUAACCAUAGUGAUGAAAUAGCUAUUGAGUUGAAGAGCAAUGCUGGUGUCCCAGAAAGCUGCACUCACAACUUUGUCUUGGAUUUUGUUUGGAAAUCGACAUCUUUUGAUAGAAUGCAAUCAGCAUUAAAGACAUUUGCUGUUGAUGAAACGUCUGUUUGGGGAUAUAUUUACCAUAAGCUUCUUGGACAUGAAGUUGAAGACAUUGCCUUAAAAUGUACACUUCCAAAAAGGUUCUCUGCGCCUGGCUUACCUGAGCUGAAUCAUUCUCAGGUCUAUGCUGUAAAAACUGUUUUGCAGCGUCCACUUAGUCUUAUUCAGGGACCACCAGGUACCGGAAAAACUGUAACAUCUGCUACUGUGGUUUAUCACAUGGUGAAACAAAACAAUGGUCCUGUUCUUGUCUGUGCUCCUUCAAAUAUAGCCGUGGACCAGCUGACUGAAAAGAUCCAUAAAACUGGCCUAAAGGUUGUUAGACUGUGCGCUAAGUCUAGGGAAGCAAUUGAUUCACCAGUUUCAUUUUUGGCACUGCACAACCAAAUACGAAAUAUGGACACAUUGCCAGAGCUAAACAAGCUGCAGCAACUCAAAGAUGAAACUGGAGAAUUAUCUUCAGGUGAUGAGAAAAGAUACAGAUCUUUAAAAAAGCAAUGUGAAAAAGAAUUACUGCAGGCUGCUGAUGUUAUUUGUUGUACUUGUGUUGGUGCUGGUGACCCACGCUUAGCCAAGCUUCAGUUUAGUUCAGUCCUUAUUGAUGAGAGCACUCAGGCAACAGAACCGGAGUGCAUGAUACCUGUAAUCUUGGGAUGCAGACAACUAAUCCUUGUUGGAGAUCACUGUCAGCUUGGUCCUGUAGUGAUGUGUAAAAAGGCCGCUAGAGCUGGUUUAUCGCAGUCACUGUUUGAAAGACUUGUUGUUCUUGGAAUUCGCCCAAUCAGACUACAAGUGCAGUAUCGCAUGCACCCAGCAUUGAGUAGCUUUCCUUCAAAUAUUUUUUAUGAGGGGUCCCUUCAAAAUGGAGUCACUGCUGCUGAUCGCACUAGAUCUGGACUUGAUUUUCCAUGGCCUCAGCCAGACAAACCAAUGUUCUUUUAUAGUACUUUUGGCACUGAAGAAAUUUCAAGUUCUGGAACUUCAUAUCUUAACAGAACUGAAGCUGCAAACAUUGAGAAACUUGCAACUAAACUUUUGAGAGCUGGAGUGAAGCCUGAACAAAUAGGAAUCAUUACCCCUUAUGAAGGGCAGAGGGCAUAUCAAGUUCAGCAUAUGCAGUAUAAUGGAUCUCUUAACAAAAAACUUUAUCUGGAAAUUGAAGUUGCAAGUGUUGAUGCCUUUCAAGGUAGAGAAAAAGACUUCAUUCUACUUUCUUGUGUGAGGUCAAAUGAGCAUCAAGGCAUUGGAUUUUUAAAUGACCCACGCCGUUUGAAUGUAGCUCUCACUCGUGCCAGAUAUGGUGUUAUCAUUGUUGGAAAUCCAAAAAUUUUAUCAAGGCAAACUCUGUGGUGCCAUCUUCUAACUUACUAUAGAGAACAAAAGUGUCUUGUUGAAGGACCUCUAUCCAGCCUUAAAGAAUGUUUUGUGAACAUAAGUAAACCACGCAAGCUUGUGAAUACCACCAAUCCUGGUGGUCGCUUUAUGAGCAACACAAUGUUUGAUGCAAGAGAGCUGCUGGUCCCAGGAAAUGCUUAUGAUCGUGCAAACAAUGCUUAUAGAGAACCAGUGAUGCGCACUCAUGAUCAGUUGGGCUUUAUUGGGCCAGAGCGAGCAUACACAAGAUCAGCUAUGAAUAUUCCGGUACCGGUUAACAUGUUUUUAUCUCACACUGCUCAACAGCAGUUCAACAGUCAAGCUUCUCAAGGGGGUCAAAAGGGUGGGCGUGGCUGGAGCGGCAACCGAAGACAAAAGGCAAAUAAAGGAUCCUUAGGCAUUAACUCCCAGAGUCAGGCAAGUCAAGACUUCUCACAAGGUCCUUUGACACAAGGAAUGUCAAUGAGCCAACAGUUUCAGAUGAGCCAAGGUCUUAGUGGACUUUCUCAGCCAGGUCUCAGUGGACUGUCACAACCAGAACUGUCUCAGGACAGUUUCAUGGCAGAUGACUUCAGGUCCCAAAUGGAUGUUCUGCUGUCACAGGACUCCACUUACCAAGGAGAUCGUCUGUACCCGGCCUCUCAUCUCUCUCAGGGGCCAUUUAACUAGGUCACUAAAUGCUUCACGUCCCAGUGGAACUCCGGUGACCUAGAACCCCACACGGUCAGGCACAGCUCACCACUUACAGCCGCGAACUGGAGCACCACAGCACUAAUUCAAACUGUUAAGGUUGCUGCCCCAUUCUUGGUCCUUAGUAAAGGCAAAAAAAAUCCAGGUCUCCCUCAAAGGAUUAUCAAAGCCACAGUAAACUCAGUACUGUACCAGAGUGUCUAACAGCAGUCAAGAAGUCUAACCUAAGGUUUUCUUCCCUUGAAAGAAAACUAGUAAUGAAUAUGUCUUUAUUGAUUAACUUCUUUUUGUAAUUCCCCAUAAAAUCAUACACACUGUUGUUGACAGAAAAUCUUUCAGCCAUGUUAUGUAAAAUGGCAUGAUGGGGUAUGGAAGAUAGUUUGCAAGUUAGCCAUAAAUCCCAAGUCUUGAUGAGCUAAGGUUGUAUUUGUUCAAAGUUUGAUACAAAUCUAAGCUUGACACCCAAUAGGAAUAAGACCCUGACAUCUGCCUGUUUUCAAAUGGCUAAUUUUAGAUAUAAAAAUUUAGUUUUGUGCAGCAGUGGCAACCUCAAGUGCUGCAAAUGAAUGUGAAAUUGUGAGCGCUGUGACCUGAUUGUCUAAAAAAAAAUCACGGCAGAUUAUUAAAAGUAGGGCUGAAGCUUGAUUGUUUCAAAGCUUACCAAUACUCCCUUCUCUUUGGCCUGCCAUCAGUACCAAUAUUUCACUGAUCAAGACAAUUGAUGUAUUUUAUUUUCCUCCUCUGGUGGAUGAUUGCUUUUUUCUUCACGUUUAAUCAUUUAUACCCCAAUGUAUAGUAGAUAGAACUCCAUGUAAUAAAGUUUUAUUAAACUGCUUUUACUCUUUUAAUGACAAAAAAUUAAGUCAAAUAUUAGGCUAUCCUGGGGUUUGUUUUAACAAGAGUUUUUUUUAAUUCAAAAAAUUGAGCAAAUUAGGGUUAUAAAACAAAAUAAAAUUUUAUCUAAAAUGAAGUCUAUUUGCUCUUUGUACUAGCAAAAAUAAAAUAAGGACGACUUA